AUGUCUUCUGUGCUGGGACCAUCUCCACCUUCUAUCCAAUACUUUAGUGAGUUUUUGCCUCGAUUAAAGACCAUUUCGGUAUGCAUUAAGUAUCCUGAAAAUGUUCUGCCAAAAGCCUUACAUACCAAUGAACAAGGAGACAUGAUUAUUUUGGUAGAUAAUGAUGGUAAGCAGUUGCAAUUGAAAAUUCCAGUGCGAUCUAUUCCAAACUUCAAUGUUUCUGUAACUGGUGAAAAUGGUAUGCUCUCAUUCAAGCUACCCUCAGAUCCAAAGGACACUCAAGUAGAAAGCAUAGAAAGGUUUAGAGAUAUAGAUACAUUGACCGACAAGGACAGCUUGCCAUGGUCUGCCAAAGAGAUGGCUAGUUUUAAGGCUCAUGAUGACAGUUUUGUUUGUUUGAAGUGCCAUCGGACACUAAUACCAUUGAAGUCUGUCCGUCGAAUUGAUCCUAUGCCGUCCGAAUUCUGGUCUGAAAUGAUGGAAUUUUGGCAUUGUCAUAAACCCGCAACGGACAGCACUAACUCUUACAACUCCAUCAACGAUAGAUUCAACAAGUUUCACCCCGGAGAUUAUAAUUUGAUCGUGGGAUCCCAUUAUAUUGUCCUUAAUCCGGCGCAGUUUGCAAUGACAACUAUUGGAGAAUCGUGCAAUUGUGCUGGUUGUAAUUUCCAGUUGGGUAUUAAAGAUACUUCUACAGGUAAUUACAAAGUUUACAUGUGGAACUUGGGUCAUCGCGUAGCGGGAUCCUCCGUCAUUUCGACCUUCCAUCCUUAUUUGCAGGCUUUUUCUUUGCUCAUCGACUCUAUCAGCGCCACGGCGAUAAGAUUUUACGUGGUGAAAGUGAAGCAAUCAAAGGAUGAUGCCUGUAGUCGUUCUUCAAGACUUCUUGUUUGGUGUUUCAGCUUUGGUUUGGAAGUCGUGAUUGGCAAUUUACUUCUUCAUAACUCAUUGAAAGUAAUGUUUAAAAAUUCGGAUACUGAAAUAGAUGAGUUUGUCAGGCAAUCGAAAUCGUCUUCCGUUCAGUACGAUACGAUCGAGUUAGAUAAGAUCUGCUACGAUGACUUUGCUUCAGAAUUACUGGAAACUCAUCAGCUGUUACCAGACCAACAAAAUUCAUUUAACGGCUGGGAUAUUGGUUACAUACCAGAACGGAACUCAUAA